GAUAUAGGGAUUAUAAAUUCAGAGUUUGUGGCAAAGACUCAAUUACUUUUCUCUAAUGAAAUAUUUAAUAAUCUAAUUUAGUUCCUGAUGAGGUUGAAACGACGACAAUUGUUCUACCGACCAACCCGCCCUACGAGGUUCGAUUUCCAGAGACCACCGACUAUUAUUGGUCUCUGUUUACAAAAAAAGUCACGGAGAAGAUUGGAGGGGAACCUCAAGAAUCUCAAGGUCCUUUUGGAUUCGGUAAUGGAGUUCAGUUAGACCAAUCAGAAUCACAGUGUGUUGUAGACGAUGAUUUCCAAGAUGAAGGUGACGAAUGUGCCGUGAACCCUGUCAACUGUGCUGACGGGAUAAGCUACUCAAUGUUCUAUAAGAAUACGUUUAGUAUAAACCCUUCAGACCUGGAGACUGGUGAUCCUACUCAGUUUGAUAGAAAGUAUAUACUAAGUACAGGAGGAGCUAAAGAUACCCCAGGGGUUGGAAUAUUCCUCAGUGGACCUUUCCUAGGAGCUGAGUUGAGUACUGGUUUGGAGACCUGGUCUAUAAUAAUACGCGGCAUACUUCCGAAGAACAACACGUGGAAUAAUAUUGCAGUACGCUGGAAACAACCAGUAACAGACCAGACAGAAUUUAAUACCUUCAAGGAUAAUAAUCAAAUGGAUAUGAUCGGAGGUCUAGAGAUAUUCCUCAAUCUAGAGAAGGUUGGGCACGCAAUCUGGUCUGCGGAGGCAGAGGCUGCGGCACUAGCUGGCGAAGAUCCACCAAAAGUAAACGAGAACGCUAAGGAACCCCUGCCCAAACCAACAUUGAUUCUAGGAUGUCAUAAAACAAGCGAUGAUACAGCUUAUAGAAAUUUUGCCGGCGGUGUGUUCGAUGAAGUAGCAAUCUGGAGACGCCAUGUGAUGGAUAACGAAACUGGAAUAUUUUACGGAGGAUAUAAAGAGAGUUUCACUGGUAUUUCCUCUGAAGAGCUGGUGAAUAUGAUGAACGGAGUUGAUCUAGCAGACCCAGCUCAAGCUGCUGUUGCUGUUGAUGUGCUCAAUGCUGUUGUUGGAGGAGGAGCUAAAACAACACCAUUUAGAAACAUCUUUCCAACCCAACCCACCACAACAACAACUGCAAAUCCGAACCAGCCUGCAGCUACUGUAAAUCCGAACCCAGUUGUAACAACAGUUAGAACAACAACAACAUCAACACCACCACCAGUAACGGAGAAAGGAAAGAGUGAGAAGGAUUUGAUAAAUUUCAAGAAUAUCCUGAUGAAGCUGACAGCCGAAGCAGGAGUAGCUCACAACCUCACAGAAUCACAAUUCAAGAAAAAUAUGGGUCGAGUAGGUUUGGUGGGGAACUUUUUCAAAUCUGCCAAUCAGCCAGGUUGGGAGGAAGUGUCACAAAUUGCCAGCGAGGGUGGAUCUCAUGAACUUAGGAUGAACUUGGAGAGAUUUCAGAUGCGAGCUCUACAAAGGCUUGUAAUUAACGAGACUACUGGAAUAUUCGCUCUGGAACUUCACGAACAAAACAGUUUCCAUCAAAUGUUUAAAAUAUCUGCUGCAGCAUUAUCCACUUAUUUCCCUGAGACGUUGGUUCCCAUCACCUUCCCUAGACCUAGUAAUGUUAGGAUUAAGAGGGAAGUUGACAGUGCUUUCGUGGUUGACAAUGUUCUUGAUCAAUGGACCCAGAUUUUGGAAUCUAUUGAUAUCCCUCGAGUGAUGUUCAGCGGCUCCUGCGCAGAUAAAGAUGUCAGCUAUAUUUUCAAUAUUAUUGAUGAUUUCCCUGAUCCUGGUUGGAAGAAUCCUGUCUCGAUCAAAUCUAAGAAUAUCCAGCUGGACAGUAAGGUGAUCCAUGUGUCUGCUACAGCUAACAAGUAUGAUUCAGGGACGCAUACCUUCUCCGAGGACUGCCAACCCGACUCUAAACUUCUCUACAGUCAUAAAGUUGUCGCUCGUCUUUACACCAAGACCCAAAUGCCGAGUAAGAGACAGCUCCUAUUCCACGAGGAUGAAGUUUAUACAACAAUACUUCGAAGAUACUGCGCUAUCUGGAACCCCAUGAUUGGGCCCUUUGGUGCCUGGGAUAUCGAUGAUGUUACAACUGUGAGUGUUAACAAUGAAAUGGGAACCUGUAUGAGUGAGAAGCUUGGAGCUUUUGCAAUCAUAGCAGAACUGGUUGACCAGCCUUAUGCUAAAGAAGAACUGACCUGGUUGUCUAUAGUUAAGAUCUUGGGCUAUGUUUUGUCCAUAAUAUGCCUAGUUAUAUUCAUAGCUUUUAUUCAGCUAUCAAGUUAUCUGUGGGAGCAGUUUAAUAUUAUAAACAUGAAUCUAUCAAUAUUUAUGAUCUUGGGUCAUGUUUGUAUGCUUUUAACUGAUAUUGAAGCUAUACAAGUAGAUAGACAUCUUUGCACAGCAAUAGGUUGUAUGAUUCAAUUAGCUUAUACUUCUACCGCUCUUAUACUGGCUGCUGAGUGUCAUGCAUGCUUUAAAGCCAUCACUGCAGGCAUGAUAGGGGGUCGAGCUGUCAUGUAUGUAUUGACAGCUGUAGGAGUUUCAUUUAUAGUUCUUGGUUAUGAUAUAUUUAUGAACCUCCAGGAUAUGGGUACAGACCCUAUGUGCAUGGUGGGUUGGGAUAAUUUUGUUAAAUGGCAUUUAUUCUCACCAAUCAUAACAGCAGCAGGGGUUGGAUUUAUACUCAUUCUCAUUGUUAUGUGUAAUAUAAACUAUGCGGCCAUCAGGAAAUCCAGUCUUUUAGAAGAUUUAAGUUCCGUGGCGUACGGUUUAUUAAUAACCAUGUUCCUUUUCUUCUUAACCUGGGGUUUCGGAAUCCUGGCCUUUAUCCGGAAUCCGGAUGCGGAACUUCCCGAUUUCUAUCCAGUCUUUCAGGUGAUGAACUCUUGGUCUGGUGUCUACACAUUCCUGUUCCUCGGACUUACAACACCUAGGUUUAGAGCUGUUUUAUCAGGAACAGUCAAGGAACGGCAAACCAAAAUCCUAACUCGAGAAGUACAGAGAAAAUGAGAACCUACCGCGAAUAUAUUGACAAGGAACAGAGUUAGUUAAGUUGGGUCAAAUCUAUCCAGACUAAUGUCGUCUUCCAGACGUGAAAUAUCAAUCAUUACAUCGAUUCCAAUAGUUUUAAAAGGUUUUGACUUAACAGUAUCUAAUAUAAAAUGUGUUCUAUGAUAUUAAGUAAAUAAAGUUAUUGUAUAAUUAUAAUAAUCUUAAUAAAUUGUUGAAGCAUUGAAA